CGUGCUUGAAAAGCAUGGAAGCUGCAACUGUGGAAGCAGGUUCGAGCCCAGUCUCCACCGCCUCCGGUGCACCCCAGUCUACUGCGAGCCUCGCUGACGGGAACGACGAUGUGGACGUGCCCACAGAUGUCGCCGAUAGCAUCGAUCUCUCGAAGGACGAGCGCGGUGACUCAGCGUCGCGUCCUACUCUGGACUGCGAGGACGGGGACGACGAUUGCGGGGAGUGUGUCGCCGACCACGGCACCGACAGUGUUGCAGCCACCACUGCCCCGUCGUCGGUGUCGAGCACAGACGACGCGGACGAAGAGGCGCCGAGUGCGUGGACGCUGUGGUAUCUGCGCAAGGAUCUCGAGUGGAGGCGACGCGCCCUGCACGAGCGCGAAGCCCGGAGGGUCGCGCUGAGCGAGGCACGCUCCGCGGCCGAAUUCAAGGCGAGCCAGCGGUCUCAGGCGGAGCGCGCCUUCGCCGCGUGGUGCGCCAUGAAGAGGGAGCAGGAGGCGGCGAGGCGAGCCGAAGAGCGUCGUCGACUCGCCGACGCCGAGACAGACCGGAAGCGGAGGGAAGAGCGCACGUUCGCUCUGUCCGAGAGAAAGUGCAAGGAAUGGCUUGCCAGGAAGCAAAUGGAGCAGGGUACGGCCACACUGCUUUCUGGUUGCAUUCUGUUCUGGUGGAUGUAAAGUUUGUGGGUGGUGUUCGUGGAAAGAAGGUGGGGUGGCUA